AUGCCGAUAAUGAAUAAAAAGUGUGCAGUCUGGAAAUGUCAUAGACCCCCUGGAUCGGUAGCAGAAGUCUAUCAGGAAGAAGGUGACAAAGAAUUUACAAGAAAAGAAGUUUGUAACGCGAUAUACUUCUACACAGACGGAAUUCAUGUGAACUGUAAGGAUUUCCAGCUGAAUGCCAAGCUACACAGCAACAGGGCAACAGCUUAUUACCAUCUCGGGAAUUUCCACGAGGCCCUGAAUGAUGCAACGGCUGCCGUCAAUUUGGAACCAACUUUGAUUAAGGCCAUAGAAACAGGUGCAAGUGCUUGUGAGCACCUACAAUGUUAUGUUGACGCCAUAUCGUGGUGCGAGAAGGGAUUGGCAAUUGACAAGACUAACAAGACAUUACUAGAUUUACGAGCCAAGUGUGUUGGAGAUCGAGUUAAAUUACAAGAAGCAAAGAGCAAUCCCGAAACUCACUCUGUGAAGGGCCAGGAAAAUACCAACUCUUUACCGAAAACUACCAAAGAGCUGAAAACCAACGCAGGAGAAGGAACCUGUUAUAUCAACGUUUCAAAACAUCUGACAGGUUCCAAAAGAGCCAUCGAGUACCAUGAACGUCAUCUAAAACUUGCCAAAGAAGUGGAAGACAGGGCUGGAGAAGGAAAUUCAAAUGCUAAUCUUGACAACGCUUAUGACAGUCUGGGAGAUUUCAAAAAAGUUAUCGAGUAUCAUGAACUAGAUGUAAAAAUUCCCAAAGAAGUGGGGGACAGGGCUGGAGAAGGAAGUUCGUAUGGUAAUCUUGGCAACGCUCAUCACAGUCUGGGAGAUUUCAAAAAAGCCAUCCAGUUCCAUGAACGGCAUCUAAAAAUUGCCAAAGAAGUGGGAGACAGGGCUGGAGAAGGAAGUUCGUAUGCUAAUCUUGGCAACAUGUAUCACCGUCUGGGAGAUUUCAAACAAGCCAUCGAAUACCAUGAACGGCAUCUAAAAAUUGCCAAAGAAGUGGGAGACAGGGGUGGAGAAGGAAUGUCGUAUGGUAAUCUUGCCAACGCGUAUCACAGUCUGGGAGAUUUCAAAAAAGCCAUCGAAUACCAUGAACGGCAUCUAAAAAUUGCCACAGAAGUGGGAGACAAGGCUGGAGAAGGAAGUUCGUAUGGUAAUCUUGGCAACGCUCAUCACAGUCUGGGAGAUUUCAAAAAAACCAUCCAGUUCCAUGCGCAACGUCUAAAAAUUGCCAAAGAAGUGGGAGACAGGGCUGGAGAAGGAAGUUCGUAUUCUAAUCUUGGCAACAUGUAUCACCGUCUGGGAGAUUUCAAAAAAGCCAUCGAAUACCAUGAACGGCAUCUAAAAAUUGCCAGAGAAGUGGGAGACAGGGCUGGAGAGGGAAUGUCGUAUGGUAAUCUUGGCAACGCGUAUCACAGUCUGGGAGAUUUCAAAAAAGCCAUCGAAUAUCAUGAACGGCAUUUAAAAAUUGCGAAAGAAGUGGAAGACAAGCCUGGAGAAGGAAGGUCGUAUGGUAAUCUUGGCAACGCGUAUCACCGUCUGGGAGAUUUCAAACAAGCCAUCGAAUACCAUGAACGGCAUCUAAAAAUUGCGAAAGAAGUAGGAGACAGGGCUGGAGAAGGAAUGUCGUAUGGUAAUCUUGCCAACGCGUAUCACAGUCUGGGAGAUUUCAAAAAAGCCAUCAAAUACCAUGAACGGCGUCUAAAAAUUGCCACAGAGGUGGGAGACAGGGCUGGAGAAGGAAGUUCGUAUGGUAAUCUUGGCAACGUGUAUCACAGUCUGGGAGAUUUCAAAAAAGCCAUCGAAUACCAUGAACGGGGGCACAAAGGGUCGGCAUCCAAGUGGGCAAUUUAG